AUCACUGCCCGCUACAGCCGCAACUUGUUGUCCACAACUCCGGCCAAAAUAGCACAAUGGGCGAUGUGCCGAUAGCGUUGCCGUGCUGUCGUCGGCGUCGUCGAGAUCCAAAUCAAACAAUAAGGCCUGUCGGUGUGCGCGCCUCCUUGUCCGCUAUUCAUCUGCUGCGCCUAUAAGACACCCCGCCACCGCGGUCUCCCCGCUGCCAAGCUCAUACCGCGCUCACACCCUCUUCGCCUGGUGCGGACUCAGACUCGGUUCCGGACUUCUUCGCGAGACUGGUGCUCGGACUCGGACUGUGUUGCGAUCGUGCCCUGACUGCUCCUUCCUUUACCUUACGUCCUAGCUAGACGAUAGAAUGGCUCGUGUGACCUUACCCCUACUGACCGCCAUUUCAGGCUUAAUUCCGUUGGUGGCUGGCCAUGCUGCGUUCUUCCACCCUUCCAUGUGGGGGUUCAACGUGACAAUGCAGACUUUCCCUUAUGACAACCGGCCCGUCGCCCCGUUGACAGAGUACACCUUCGACCAAUGGUGGUUCCACGGGCAUCUCGACUACCCGCCAAACGACGGUGACAUCUUCGAGUUGCCCGCAGGCCAGCCUGUGACGACGCAGGUUGCCUGCGACAAGGGCGCCACCACAUUCUUCGCCUCCGACCCCGGAGGAAACAUCCAGAAUGGCGACGACCCGUGCCCCGGCUCGCCACCGUCGGAGUACCACACGACCGGUUUUGACGAUCUCAAGGGAUGUGCGCUCGCGAUCACAUACAAGUCCAAUGUCUCCGACGUCCAGCCAGAGGACUUCACCGUCUUCAGUGUCAACCAGACCUGCGUGUGGUAUCGCUUCACGGACUUCCAGGUCCCUGCUAGGAUGCCUGCCUGCCCGGCGGGCGGUUGCAUCUGCGCGUGGAUGUGGAUUCAUUCGCCUGACAGUGGCGGCGAACAGAACUACAUGAACGGCUUCCGCUGCAACGUGACCGGCGCAACAUCCGACGUCGCUCUCGCUCAACCACAAGUCCCCCGCCGCUGCGGCUCCGACCCGGACAACGAUCGGCCCGAGGCCAACUUCGGUAAUUGCACCUGGGGUGCGAAGCAGCCGUUCUACUGGCUCCAGCAGGAGCGGAACAACAUGUUUGAGGGCUAUUACUCUCCACCCUUUUACACGAACCUCUACAACUUCCUCGACGGCGCGCAGCAAGACAUCUUCGAGGACUCGUAUCCUGGUGGGCUCCCCACGCCUGUCGUGAAUGGCACCAUCCCUGUCGCGAACUUCGCGGGCGUGCAGCCUACUGCGACGCCUAGCGCGCCGAGUGGGCUGCCCAUGGCGAUCGUGGGGACGCCAGCGCCGGCGGCUACGGGCACGUCGGGAUCGGGAUCAGGGGGUGGGACUACUACUUCAGAUGUCAACCUCGCAUCUCCCACGGCUUCUUCAUCUUCUGGCUCGUCCUCAAGCCCCACGGGCCUUACCUGUGCGAAGGGCGGGGGCCAAGCCAUCCUGGGCAAACGCCGUCUCACGCGCCGCUCGACGGAGAGCGGACUCCAAGACUUCUGGGAGGCGAUGAAGCCGGGCCCGCGUCGCCGCGACAUCAGCCCGGAUGACUCCGACUUGGAUGACCAGUCGCAACUUGACGGGGGGAGGGAUUAUAGGCCCGCACAGAGGAGUAGGCUGUGGCGUAUCUUCUGAAUUGACUCCUGAUGUUUCUUGAGUGGUGUGCUACGAACGAGAUCGAGAGGUGCGCGCGGGCGUGUGCGUUGUAUCAGUGUCCUGAGAUCUUGGUGAUACCCUCUUGUCGUACUUAAGGGUGAAAAUUGUAGCGAUAGUGUCUGGCUUUGGUCGUAUCGUGUUUGAGUAGUUGUAACUUUAGCUUUCUUGAAAUCACACUCGUCUUCGUGGCGCGUUGUGUUUCGUAGAAACCUUCCAUUGAUGAUGAAUAAGCAAAAUGAUACAG